UCGCAGUCAGUCGCCUCCAUCGUUUUGCUCGCUGGCUUGAUUUCCGAUGGUUCGAGCUGAACAUCUCUCCUCCUCCUCCUCCUCCCUCUAACUCAGCCCAGUUCAGCUGCACUGUUUCCUGUAGGAAUGAAGGUCUCGUGGAUUCGUUUCAAUCUGAGGCUUCGGAAUCUUCACCCACUCUAGAUUUUCUUCUCGUUGCCAUCGCAGGGUAGGUUUGGACGCGAUUAGUCAACCCGCUACACUAACCCAAACCUAACGGAAGAUGCUCUUCGAUCUCGGUCUGGUCAUUGAAUGUUGGACUUGAAGGCUUUUUUGGCGCUCGCUCUCACGCUGAUCGUAGCUGUAGGGAGGAAUCAUGGCAGUGGUACAAGCAACGAUAGUACAGCUGAAUUAAGAGCGGAAGUUAAGUCGGAUAAGCAUGUACGUCGGCUUCAUUCGUAUGAUGUACAGCACUGAUCAGGCACAACAUGUGCACAUUUGAAUACUCCGAGCACUUUCAAUUUCACUGGCUGCUUUGAUUACGGAGUUGAUGAACGAACAAUCAUCCAGAACACGGAAACUCCGAGGCGUAAGAAUGGCACCUCGACGGAUUUGAACGAUUCAGUUUUACAGAUUAUCGACGCCGAUUCUGGGCAGAAUCAAUGAUAUAUUGAGAUUCUCAUGCUGUGUGUAAGGACCUCAAUGACUCACGUACGCCAUGUUUAAAGACUACGGUGGCGAAAUGCAAACGCUGGGCUUUUGCAGGAUGACCGCUCGCUGCAUCGGAAGUCCCGGAGCAACCAUCUGCACGCGGGAGGAAUCGUAACGACGACCUUCGAGGGACCUUCAGAACUUUUGCAUGGAGUGCUGUGUAGCCUGAGUAAACAUCGCAGGAAACAAGCAAGCGUCGAGAGCUAGCUCUUCAAUGUCUGUCGUGCACUAAUCCAGAAGUUUUGUUUUUUCAAGCUUCGAAGGAGAUAAAGUCCAAGACCUGUUCGCAAUUAUUCGACGUCUAAUUCGUGGUCUCAUUAUUUGCAUUUGAUGCUCAAUCUGCUCGUGGGGUUCUUGGGUAUCAUCCAUAAACCCAACUUAUUCUGCCGCGGUCUGUGCUCUGACUGACCAGCAGGUGAAAAUGGUGCGAAGUUGCGUACGUCUGUAACGAAAUCAGUCACCCACUCGCGCGGAAAUUCAGUCCAAGACCAAACGCAAGAAAUUUAUCGAGCGAACUCAGCACAUCAGCCCAUGAGCGCAUUAGCCCACGGCAUGCGAGGGACGUGGAGAUGAAAGCCAUGCAUGCAGUAAUGCAUGGAGCACGCCUUCGUCUGGAUAUCCCACGUUCUGGGACACACCUGCCCGGAUUCUCUAGAAGCCGAUACAACUGGAAGCAUGUAUUCCUACGGCCCUAUGUGCGGACUUCUACAGCCCUCCGAUGCCUGUGCUUUUGAGCUCGAGGAGGCCGCAAUUUGAAGUCUAAGCGUGUGGCCAUAACUGGAAUCUGCAGCUGAAUACGCUGAGCUUGUUUUCAGACUAGUAAGCAGAUCGGGGACACAACUAACUCCCCGCUCCCUCUCUGCACAGAAGAUCGAGCCAGAGUAGUUCUCGUCCUAGCAAGAUGCAAGUAGGUUCAUCUACACACCUCCCAUAAAAUGAUUGAUCCGUUGUUGGCAACGGAAUAUCCAAUCUGUUCAUGGAAGAGGGAAACACCCCUCGAUGAUCUCAAAUCUUCCUGUCAGUUCAUAAUACAUUGAGUGCCGCUGUUCUCGCUCGGGAAAAUUGCGAAGAAAUUGC